UUCCAUUGGGUCGCAGACACAAACUACCGAGACGCCGGACCAGCAGAUGCUCCACUUCUUGUACCCAGUUUCAGGCUGACAUAAACAUGGGCGGAAUCACAGGGUGGGUGCGGUUCGACUCCACCUCUCAUAAGGCAACCGUAAACGUGACUGGAACUGGCCCCUGUGGACGGUUGCUCAAUCUCUCCCUAAGCGUGUUUCCGGUGAUGUUCGGCCACUUUGUUCAGCCUUGCGUGGAAGCUAACGUAGGACCUAGCAUCUUUACGUUUACCAUCGAUAGCACAUUAAACGCCACUGUUAAUGUUUCCGCUAUAUUUGAGCAGAGACCCAGUCUUGACGACCUCUCGUUGACCUUGCACACAUGUAAUGGAACCAAAGUGUGUACAGUCGUGCGGCGGUCAGGUGGUCAAAUCGCGGUCCAGACUUGGCAGGCCAGGUUUUUCAGCACGGUCGCCGGCAACAUUUACAUCAGGCAGAAUGUCGGACAGACCGAUGCCAGGGUACUUUCAGAUUUGGCAACUAUUGGUCAAGCUGGUGCUAUGGCAACCGACGUCAAUAUCUGGAUGUCACAGAGUUCCGCUUUAGACUGUAAGGAUCUUUUGCGUAACUUGGACGCCUCGUCUCUCACAGCAAUCGGGCAACUCACAGCAGGCACCCCUCUCACACACGUAAAGUCUCGUUUGGACCUGGAUGGUUACAGUUCCAACAACCGUUUCGCUCUGCUCAAACGCGGGUCCAGUUAUACGUGCGCUGAGAUUCUAGCGAUGGACAAGAAGGAGGUGAGCGCCAUGGUGAACAUGCGAGGAGUCAAGGGUUACUUCCUCUUCCGUCAGGCCACGCCGUUCGACGUCACAGAGGUCCACGUCAACUUGACCAACCUCGGUGGCCGGGUCGGGCCCUAUCACGUCCACCUGUUCCCCACGCCGCCAAUGAGGUCGCCACCACAGACGACCUGCUCCAAUGACAAUGUGGGCGGACACUGGAACCCAUUCGGACUGGAUACUAAAGACUCCUCCUACCCGUCUGGACCCGGGUCAACCCACGACCGAUACGAGGUAGGUGACCUCAGCGGUAGACACGGGGCGCUGGAGGGCAAGGCUCAAACGGACGCCACCUUCACAGACUUCAACCUGCCACUCUUCGGCCGGAACAGCAUUGUGGGUCGAUCGGUGGUUAUCCAUCAGCCAGAUGGAGUUAGGUUCCUGUGCAGCAGCAUAGGCUACCCAGGAGAGGUGCACGUGGCCAGGGCUACUUUCCGACACCCGGUGGUUGGCGCGGUCCAGUUCGUCCAGCACAAGAGCAACCCACUGUCGGACGUCACAAUCUUCAUGGAUCUGUCCUACGGGAGGACAUCGGCGAAUGCCACUCGAGACCACCACUGGCACAUCCAUAUGUAUCCUAUCAGUUCGGAGAUGGACGCGGACCAGGAGCGCUGCUGGACUACCGGAGGCCACUGGAACCCCUUUGGCAUAGAGACGGGGGACAGCAGCUAUGCCCUCCACUGUGGCCCCUCCAGCCCCUUCUCCUGUGAGGUCGGCGACCUCUCCAAAAAGCACAGCUCCUUAGACCUCGGCACACAAGUGGGCGGGGCAGCUGCCAAACAUUUCUUCACAGACACCACUUCCUGGUUGGGUCACCCCUCCGGUUCCAUGAUUGGUCGGUCUGUGGUCAUCCACAGUGCAGGGGGCGCUGCCCCGAGGAUAGCCUGUGCCAACAUCACGGCUGUGCGGAUGCCUGUGGCUGUAUCGGGGUCCUGGCAUGGACAAGGGGCCUCCAAGGGCCAAGUACAGUUCUCCCAGGCUUUUCCUCAGGGUCCCACCUUGAUAAACGUCUCCCUGGCUGGACUGAGCUCCAAGGCUGGGGGCUACCACAUCCAUAUGCUGCCUAUAAGUACUUCAGGGGAGCCCUGCUCCAACAACAACGUCAUGGGUCACUUCAACCCCCUGUCCUGGAACGUGUCAGCCUCUCCAGCCCCGGGGUCAGGGACGGUGGACGAGUACGAGACCGGCGACAUCAGCGGGAAGUUUGGUUUGCUGACGGAACGCAACCAGCUUCAGGCCCAGUUUCUGGACGGGAACAUGCCCAUGACGGGGCCCAGGAGUAUAGUCGGGAGAUCCUUGGUGGUCCACUACGCUAACGGGUCCAGGAUGCAGUGUGCUGACAUCUCAGCUAAGAAAGCCACAGAUGGACAGUGGGUGUUUGCCGAGGCCGUCUUUAACAGCACAGUAAUAGGGAGAAUCACAUUGUCCCAGCAGACCUUCCCUGAUGGCGGCUUCAGUGACGUCACUCUGGAGGUAGACGUGCGUUCGUCACAGGAAUACAACGUAACAGAGGUUUCCUGGUUCAUCACUAGUAAUCGCUCUGAGGUGAAUGACAUCAAAUGUACCGCUGUUGGGGACACAUUUAACCCCUUCAACAUGGAGACUGAGAGCUCCAGUUGCUCCAUAGACAGUGUUCUGGGGUGUGAGGUGGGAGAUCUAACAACCAGACAGGGUAAUGUCAGCUUGACACACAGACUGCUGUUCACUGACGCAAGCAUACAACUGGCUGGAGACUACACAGUGGUCCACAGGUCUGUGGUACUAAAGAGCGGCACCAAGGUUCUGGCGUGUGCCGACAUCCUCCCACAAUCCCCUUGGGCGGUGCAGACCUUCCCCGUUGGCACGUCUUUCAGCAGAUAUGACUUCCGCAGUAAGGUGGCGGAUGUUCUGGAGGUCGACGUGUCCAGGGUCACCAUCCUUCCAGGGUCUCCUGUGGCCACGAGGGACGGGACAUGCCUAGAAGUCAGCUAUCUUGUCUCAGGGGACGUGAGUACAGACAAGAUGAACUCUGUCAAAGACAGUCCGAAGAUGGGCCUGCUGAGACAGACAAAGGUUUGCUCAAGAAGUGCUGGACUACGAUGGGAGCCAGGGAGAUAUCUGACAGUGUUCACUAUAGCUGCAGCCUAUGUCAUACACUCUUUGAUGAUCCACCAGUAGUUCAAAUCCUGUACAUGUUAACCCUAAUAGGAAUAAACACUGGUACUUUUCCAAGCUGCAAUGAAGUUUACAUUUAAAUGCCAACUUCCUGUAUUAUAUUGUAAAAUGUCAAAGUUUGGAUGAAUAUUGCUGAGUAUUUUGUUUAAGGUCAAUAUCCAACAUCAGAGCAAAAUUAAUAAGACAAGAAUUGUUCAUUUGUGAAGCUGUGCAGUUUCUGCUCAUCCAACCUGCAGUUUUGGAAACUGAUGCUGUACAUUUAUUCCAGUCGGCCACUAUAUUCAUGCGUUUUCUCAUGGUUGUCACUGCCACAUUUCAAUCCAUUUUAUUUUCAAGUCUUGUUUGUGUUUUUAUUUAUUUACAAAGAUUUUGAUGAUUAAGAAAUAAAUUUGGAUACAUCCCUUUAC